UGGCCUGGCUCGGGCCUCCGGCUUCAGGCAGGCCCCGGCCCCCUCCCUUCCCCCUCACAGGACCUGUGGCUCAGGUGGCCCCAAAGCAGACUCCCCUCAGCUGCUCUGCCUUCCUCUCCCCCAGCUGUCCCAGUCUCUGGUGGUUCUGGAAUCGAAGGGCUCUGGCUGCCCUGUCACCUCCUGAGGGACGGCCGGGGAUAGGGCACACUGAGUUGGGACUCAGGGCCAGCUGUGCCCCACUCACCUCAUUCAAACCCCACCCAUUUCCCCUCAAGGAACAUUCCUAAGGCUCAAGGGCUAAUAUCCUUGAGGAGCUGGGCCCUGCCUAAGCCCCCUCCCCCUAAGCUGCCACAUCUAACUCCUGCUGCUUCUGUGUGUGGGUGAGCAGAAGUGGAGGUGGGGGCGUGGAGAGCCCGGGGCCCCUGCCCGCCUGUGCCUGUACCUAAUAUAUAAAUAUAGAGAUGUGUAUAUGAUGGCCCUUGGCUCUGUCUGUGUUUGCCGAUGCCGUGCCCCUCGCCGUGGCUGCUUUGAAGACUGACACUCCAGCCCAGCGGCUUCCAGCUGUGGCUUCACCUGCCCUGGCACCUCUGGCUCCCCCGCUGGCCAGGGUCAAAGAUGGGAGUGUGAGAAGCUCCACCUCCUGGACAGAGGGGGGCCACUUGUCCCCUCAGCCACUGUCCGCUCCCCUCUCUGAUGUCUUCCUAACUGGCUGGGGUGAUUCGGGGGUGAUUCCGGCACCUACACACCCCUGGAUUUUCUAGAAUGGAAGGGAUGGUAGCCCCUGGCCACAUGCACAAGUGGUCAAGGGGGAGGUUAUAGCAGACGUGAGGGGGAACCUGGCUCCCCCAGCGUUGUCACGCAGAGAGGGGCGCUGCCGUCUGCGGAGGGUCUGCGGUGUGAGGCCGGAGCUGCGUGGCCGCGCCUCCGCCUGUGCUCCAUCCCCAGCUGAGCCCUGCACCUGGCGCUGGGCCAGCAGCAGGCUGAGCAGGUCCAGGGGCGUGGUGGUGACCAGCGGUGGAAUCAGCCGACAUCAGCCAGGCAAUCGGCAAGGCGACACAGUUCACCGGCGACAGCUGAGCUGGCGGCAGCCGGAGCCCGGGAGGCCGUGGCCAUGAGCUCUGUGCUGUACUAUGCCCUGCCCGCCCUGGGCAGCUAUGCCGUGCUCUCCAUCUUCUUCCUGCGCCGGCCUCGCCUGCUGCACACGCCUGGGGUUCCGGCCUUCCGGCCCCGCCUGGGGGCCCACCGGGGAGGGUCUGGAGAGAGGCUGGAGAACACCAUGGAGGCCAUGGAGAACGCCAUGGCCCAGCGCUCAGACCUCCUGGAGCUGGACUGUCAGCUGACCCGGGACGGUGUGGUGGUGGUUUCCCACGACGAGAACCUGUCCCGCCAGUCAGGCGUGAACAAGGAUGUGGGCAGCCUGGACUUUGAGGAGCUGCCCCUCUACAAGGAGGAGCUGGAGGUUUACUUCUCACCAGGCCACUUCGCACGUGGGUCAGACAGGCACAUGGUGCGUCUGGAGGAUGUUUUCCAGAGGUUCCCUCGCAUGCCCGUGAGUGUGGAGGUCAAGGAGGAAAACGAGAAGCUGAUUCACAAGAUAGCCAGCCUGGUGCGGCACUUUGACCGCAAUGACAUCACCAUCUGGGCCUCGGAGAAGAGCUCAAUCAUGAAGAAGUGCAAGGCUGCUAACCCCGAGAUGCCGCUCUCCUUCACCAGAUGCCGAGUCAUCCGGCUGUUACUGCUGUAUUACCUGGGGCUGCUGCCCUUUGUCCCUAUCCCUGAGCGGUUCCUCUUGUGCUUCCUGCCCACCAUCAUCAACAGGACCUACUUCCCGUUCUCCUGCUCUGGGCUGAACAAGCUGACAGCCAUGGUUACUAAAUGGCUCAUCAUGAGGAAAAGUCUGAUCCAACACCUGGAGCAGCGAGGAGUGCAGGUGGUAUUUUGGUGCCUUAAUGAAGAGUCGGAUUUUGAAGUGGCCUACAGUCUGGGGGCCACUGGCGUCAUGACUGAUUACCCCACAGCCCUGCGGCGCUACCUGGACAACCACAGAGCAGCGGCCCCCGUCUCCUAAGCCUGAGGCCCUUGCCCUCAACAUGUUUCUCUUUCCUAAUAAAUAUUUUAUUUUUAGUCAA